GUGCUGGGUUUGGGCGUGCAACCUAACCUUCCAGCAACGGAGACUGGCCUUACCCCGGCAGUCGCAGCCGCGGAGAACGGGUUUACAACCAUCCUGAGGCAUCUGCUGAAGAAUGGAGCGGAUCCUAAUAUGGAGUUGACUAAUGGCAGCUAUCCACUGCGGGCGGCGAUCCUUUCUGGGGACGGGGAGUGUUGCCGGGUUUUGCUGGAGCAUGGCGCUGACGUGAACCACUGCAGUGCCCGAGGCACACCGCUGAUGGCUGCCGCAGCUGCAGGCGACUGCGAGUCCCUUACGCUGCUUCUGGACUCAGGCGCUUCCAUCGACAUCGAAGCUAAGGACGGCACGACUGCAUUGGCGGCUGCCGUCCGCGAGAAUCAAAAGGAGGCGGUCCGGCUGCUCCUGCGGCGCGGAGCCAGCCCCACCAAGCCCAACAAGGACGGUGUCAGCCCUGUGGACAUAGCCCAGGAACGAACACUGCCGGAAGUGUACUCGCUGCUCAUGCAGGCGUCCAUCACGCAUGCUGCCGAAGAGGCGCUCCGCGCAAGCGACCAGCGUCAAGCGGAAGCACGUGAGGAAAUAGCGGCGGCGGCAGAGAAGGCGGCCAAGGAGAUGCAGGAGGAGCUGGCACUGAGUCGCGCCGAGACGGCGGACAGGGUCGCUGCCCUUCGGGGGGAGACGGACGAGUUGCUUAAGCGCUUGGGCAUCAGCCGGGACCUCAAAGGGCCUAAGGGGCUGACGGGGGCUGCGUAGAGAGCAGGCGCUGGGCUAGCUGCGUAAUCCUACUGGACCUACAAGGAAUGUGAGGAAGGGAAAGGAGUAACGAGGUCAGGAGUGGCUACAAUAGGCCAUGCUGUGCACAGCUUUGUAUGGCUCAACGGCAGGCCCAUCAGCAGCUCGCGCAUGCGCAGAUAGGUUACCGAUAGGCAUAUGUACGGUAGUCAUGGCAAAUUUGAAAUAAGCUUCUGGGUCAUGGCAAUCUCCCUGAGGGCAGAGCCGUGCUGACUUUCUCAAACUGCAGGACGGUGUGUGCAAGUCCCCUAAGCUGCAAUCUGUAUACCUUUGGUGAUCUUUUUCCGAGUGUUGCGUUAACGCCCCAAUACACGUGAUGGACAGGACGGUUCUCUGUGUGCUCUGAAGGCACAUUCUUGGGUUCGGACGACUUACAGUCCUGAGCUACUUCGCAUCC